CUCCAAAUUUUCUGUUAACAGCCAAGCACUUAACCUUUUGUACCAUGCAAGGACUCCGUAACACUAAGGGGUUGAAAUUAUUAACUCUCCAUGGAACAGAUGAGAAAACCAAGACUCAGAGAGGUUAAGUGAGCUGAGCUUUGAAGGGUGGAUGUGGAGGACAGCAAGGAGGUGACCCAUUUCCUCCCCAGGAGCCCACCCACUACAAACACCCUUGUUUCUGCCUUUAGGCCUGCCUUGACAUGGGCAAUCAGACCCAAGUCUCUGAAUUCAUCCUCCUUGGCCUCUCUGCACAACCCCAGCAGCAGCAGGUCCUCUUCAGCCUAUCCUUCAGCCUGUACCUGAUCGGGAGUCUGGGAAAUCUGCUCACCUUCUUGGCUAUCAUCUCGGACCCUCACCUUCACAGUCCCAUGUACUUCUUUCUCAGUAACUUGUCUCUUCUUGACAUCUGCUUUACCUCCACCACCAUCCCAAAGAUGCUGGCCAACCACCUGUUUGGAUGCACCAACAUCUCCUUCCCAGCAUGCCUGGCCCAGAUGUAUUGCUUCAUAGCCUUUGGGGCAGCUGACAGCAUUCUUCUCUCGACCAUGGCUUAUGACCGCUACCUGGCCAUCUGCCGUCCACUGCAUUACAUGACCAUCAUGAACACCUUUCGGGGUACCUUGCUGGUGGCAAUACCCUGGAUCUCAGCCAACUUUGUCUCCAUGGUCCAUACUAUCCUGAUGACUCAUCUGUCCUUUUGCUCCAAUAGAAUCCCACACUUCUUCUGUGACCUCAAUGCCUUGAUCAAGCUCUCCUGCUCCAACACGCAAAUCAAUGGGAUGCUGGUGCUGCUCCUUGGGAGCUGGGUGGUUUUGAUUCCUUUUGUGUGCAUCGUUGCCUCUUACACACCUAUUGCCAUGGCCGUGUGGAGGGUGCCCUCAGCCCAGGGGAAGUGGAAAGCCUUCUCUACCUGUGGCUCUCACUUUUGUGUUGUUAUUCUCUUCUACAGGACUAUUAUUGGGGUCUACUUCAACCCUGCAUCCACGCAUUCCACUCAGAGGGACAUGGUGGCCACGGUGAUGUACACUGUAGUCACUCCCAUGCUGAACCCCUUCAUCUACAGCCUUCGAAAUCAAGACCUGAAAGUUGCCCUCAGGAAACUUCUCAGUGGGAGCCAUUUGGCUAAGUCUCUUUGACAACUCUUUUUAUUAUUACUAUUAUUAUUUUUAUUGUACUUGAGAUGAAGGUUUACAGAACAAAGUAGUUUCUCAUUCAAUAGUACGCUUAUUAUUUUAUGACAUUGGCUAACAACCCCACAACAUGUCAACCCUCUCCCUUCUCAAACUUGGGGUCUGUAUUACCA